AUCUUAAACAAAUUACUAUUUAAUUUUUUUCCCUCAGUAGAGAGUACGAGCCUCUUGAAAUGUAUAAGCUGCUGAAUAUUGUUUCAAUAUACCUAUGUUCAUAUAUUUUCAUCGUUGCUGACUGUAAGCCAGAUUUGGGAGGACGAGAUCCAAAAUGUUUCGGGCCUUACAGAAUGGCAUUGAUGGACGAACCUAACUGCAAUAAGAGAAAGUAUUUUUACGACCAAGUGGAGGAAGUCUGUAAGUCCUGGGCCGAAGAAAGGCCCAAUUUUGGAUGCGUGCAUCCUAUGCACGUGUUCACUUCAAGAAGGAGAUGUAAAAAAGCCUGCAUCCGGGAUGACGAAAGCGACGAAUCCGACGAAUACCAUCACUUUGAUGACUAUGAACGCAAACGAUGAUCAUCACAAAAUAAAUCGGAUUAUAUGGUCUAUUCUUUAUUAUGUUAUCGGCUUACU